CGUCAUGGGCGGGGCUUGUGUUUGAACGUACAGCGGGGAAACAGAUGAGCGGUGUAUUGUGUCUGUGUUAGCUAGCGAUGUUCUGUGCCAGAGUGUCACUUUAACUGGGUUAAAAUUAUACAUCGCGGAUAAGAUUAGGGAUGUUUUACCUCAUAGCGAAGGAUUGCGCUGUAACUUAACAUCUUCGUUCGGGUGAUCCGUGUGAAAUUAAGAUGCCUAUCCGAGCGUAUUGCACAAUUUGCUCCGAUUUCUUCGAUCACUCCAGAGAUGUUGCAGCCAUCCAUUGCGGACACACUUUUCACUAUGAAUGUCUUCUCCAGUGGUUUCAGACAGCCCCCACAAAAACCUGUCCACAGUGCAGGAAGCAGGUCAGCACCAGACACAUUAUCAGCAAGCUGUACUUUGACAUUGGUGGAGAAGAGGAGGGUACAGCAGACCCAGAAUGCUUGCAGAAUGAGCUUGAUCGAAUGAAGGUGCUUUUAAGCUCUAAAGAGCGAGACUGGCGGGACAAACAGAAGGCGAUGGACAGUUUGAAGGAAACUGUGGACAAGCAGAGGAGAGACCUGGACAGCGUACGGAAAGAGAUUAUGGAAAAAGAGAUGCUCUGCUCUGCUCUCAGAAAACAGAUGACUUACUUGGAGACACAACAAAAUGAAGUUCAGGCUGCCAAAGAGGAGGCCCGGAGACUCAGGACCAAAAUGAAAACUUUUGAAAGCCUGGACGUGUUGUUGCAGGGUCAGAGAGCAGAGGUGGAGUCCAUGAUCACAGAUAUGGGUGUCAGCCAUGCGGCAGUAGAGCAGCUCUCCAUCUACUGCAUCUCUCUCAAAAAAGAGUACGAUAAUCUAAAAGGAAGCCUGAAGUCUUCAAAUGAAAUGUGUGAGAAGCUGAAGAGAGAAGUACUCUCCUCAAACAACAAGUUACAAAAAGCCUCAGUGGAAGUGAAUAAGACCAAAGACGACAUGAAGUCUCUGCAGAAUGAUCUUGCCAGUGCUGACAAAGAGAUCUCUAGUCUGAAAAAGAAAGUGGAACUUCUUCAGAAGACUCUGAGCACUCCGUCACGGACAAACGAAACCAUCAGUCGGCUCGUCUUUGAAAGUCCGGCCCCUUUGGAGCUGAAGCAGCCUCGCCUCCACCAGCCUACAGAUAGUGAGGACAUUGACCUCAAUAUGACCUAUGACAUCACUACACCAGAUGAUGUGGCCAAGAGACCAACGCAGGUCCCAUCUAAGAAGAUGCGCCUUGACCCUCCAGUAAUGCCCAAACACAAUGAGAAAAGUUCAUCUUUAACCAAGGCCCGAGAUGAGGAUGGAUCCAUGGAUCCUUUUUUCAGGAACUCCAUUCUCUUCAGAAAGAAGACUUUUGGAAGCAUGUUGGACCCCCAAAGGAAGCCUGGAGCUGUGAGGACUGGUUAUGAUGGAUUAGGAGGACGAACUAAAUUCAUCCAACCUUCUCCUUUAUCAGAAAUUCGCCCGCUAAUGAAAGCUAAAAGGAAGAAGGUGACCAGGCCUCCACCCAAGAUUGCACCAUGCCUGACUCUGGACAAUUUCCUUGAAUGAAUUUCAGCAUCUCCUUCCCCGGCAGUGGAGUCAGGAGGUCAGAAUGCUGUGUGUGAAGUAACAUGUUGGUGCUGCUCUGGCAUAGGGAACCAGCCUGGCAGCGGUUCUGCCACUCAGCACCAAACAGGACUUUCUGAUUGAACUUUAUUUAAAAGCAGUAACUGACCUCUCAUUUGAAAACUGAUGCUGAGCUCUUGGUGACAAAAGCAAACCUGCUGUACAUUUUUGUGUGUGUGUGUGUGUGUUGAUGUGGAGCCUUUUGCUUUGGAUUCUUUUCUUGUAGUAGUUAUGUGGGUAUCUGUAUGUGUGUGAGAGCUAAACCUUUUUUUUUUUUUCAGACCAUUCAAAUGUCACUGCUUGACUGUCUUCCUGUUAUUUAAAAUCCACAUCGGUGAACGCCUACAUAUAGAUAUAAUGGAAGCUGUUUUUAGUUUUAGUGGCCCUGCCAGAUUUAAAAUCAACUCAAAUAAUAAACAAUAUUUUUUUUUA